GUGUUCACUUAGAACUCUGACACGUUCAAGAUAUUCACUAAAUCCAGACAGCAAUGAAUACGAGAUAGAAACUCCUAUUACAUGUAGCGAGAAUAAUAACCUACAUAAGGCAUGAAGAAUCGGCAGUGUACAACGAUCAUUAAUGGUGUGAAACAUUUGUAGUUAAUUGCGACUGAUUUCUGGAUGAAAUCUACUGACCAUUAAAAUAAUUACUCAAUCCAAUACACAAUAUCGACAAGAAAAAAGGUUAAAAAAUGGCAGUAAUACAUCCAGUAUUGUUUGAAGAUCUCUUGGUGCGUGAACAGGAACUCGAAGAGUCUGAUAUUCAAUCCUUACGAGAAUGGUGUUCGAAACAGUCACAUUCGCCGAACAUUUCAGACACUGAUCUAGCGGUAUUCUUACACAGUAACUAUUAUCGACUGGAACCAACAAAGACCACAAUUGAAAACUAUUAUACACUUCGAACUCAUCUACCUGAAUAUUUCAAUAAUCGAGAUCCGUUUGCAGUGAAGGAACUUCGUCAGGCAUUCAACACUGCAGCAUAUAUGCAACUUGAUGGAAAAACUCCGGAAGGUUACGAAAUAGUCUACGGGCGUCUUAUAGACUUCGACCCUUCACAUUACACUUGGAACGACACUAUGAAAUUAUGGAACAUGGUUACUGACUUAUGGAUCCGCGAGAAGGCAACUAUGAAGGGGCAUCUCUUUGUCGUGGACAUCACAGGAGUAACUUUUGGACACGCAGGUCGUUUGAGUCCAUUGGGUUUCAAAAAAUAUCUCACGUUUUUACAGGACGCACUCCCGGUUCGCCUUAAGGGCCUCCAUUUCAUUCAUUCCUCACCAGUUAUGGAAGUCAUCCUGGCCAUGAUGAAACCGUUCAUGAAAAAGGAAUUAUUGGACAUCCUUCAUAUUCACACAAACAAUGACACAGUCGCGAAGUUCUUUCCUUUGGAUCUUCUCCCUAAUGAAUCAGGAGGUAAAAGUGGUGAUGUGAUGACACUUCACGAGAGAAAUAUUAAAAAAUUAGAGUCCAAUCGUGAAUGGUUUUUGGAAGACGAACAGACCAUGCGAGUCAACGAGGCCCUACGUUCUGGAAAGCAGAAGACUGCUACUGAUUUAUUCGGAGUAGAGGGAAGUUUCAAGAAACUUAACAUCGAUUGAUACAUUUUAUUGCGUAUUUGAAUAGUUCAAUACUCUGAACUAUAAUAUACAUAAUUUGUUUGUAUAUUAAAAAAAAAUUGUGUUCAAAAAGUAACAUACUUAUGAGCAUAAUAACGUGAACAAAGUUUUCGAAAUGAUCCGUAAAAAUGUG